AUGUACAUACGGCGCCCAUAGCAGUUGUCUUGAGACGUGUCGCGGCCAGACGCAAAACGGCUUGACUAUGCCAUCGCGGCGCUUGUAUAAUCUACUGUAUGGCAUGUGCAAUAUAAGUACGCGCCAAUGGACCUGGCAUGCGGACGAUUUCGGUCACAAAGUUUGAACAGUUCUUCCAUCGAGGCGGUAGCUGUGCUCGAAGAGCACGGGCCUCGGGCUCCAAGUGCCGUGGUGCAUGUGAAGCGCUAUGAGGCGAAGAUUAGGCCGGCGCUUGAUGCCGAGAUGGGGAAGCGUGUCACCCGGAGUCACGCCGGAAAUGCAGCGAGCAGCCAUCACCGGCGCUACAGCAGGAGCCGGGCUCGUCGGUGACGGGCGUGACGCUGGGCUCGUACACCUUGCGUCCGCAUGGGCGCAGGCCACGAGCCUUGCCUUCGUUGCUGCCGCUGAAGUCAUGGCUAUGGGCACCCCCGUGACUUCACCCAGCCACCCGACGGCAGCCAUGAUGACCAGCACCAGCAAGUAGGGGCCAGGCGCGGCCCCGCAGCCCAUGGACACCGGCGGCACGCCCACGCACCGCCUCGCCAAGAGGGGCCACGUACGCGCUAAACGGACGGAGGGGAGGCCAGCUUUCACCGGUAUCUCCUGGGACAGCAGCGUGACAGCUUGGCGCGCUCGCUGCCCGCGUGAACUCGCGGGCGGGCAGCAGCUGUUGCUCGGCGGCACAUACAAGCUAGAGCAGAAGCGCGCAGCGCUCGCAGUGAACGAAUUGCACGACCAGCUGCGGCAUCUCGCUGCUGGCAGGCUCGCGGUGCCACCAGCGCCAAACGCUGUGCAUGCCGGCGUGAGCUUGCGGCUGCAGGCAGGCAACAGAGAAGCUGCGGCUCAAGGCGACCGACACGCUGCUCGUUUGCCUGGAUUACGGACGCGCGAGUGGCUGCACCUUCCUUACGUGCCCGCGAGCGAGCUGCCGGCGUACGUGCGUGGCGGGCGGCACGCACAGGGCAGGCGCGAGCUAGCUACUUGGCUGGGCGGCGGGCAGCUAGCAGGCACAAGACCGCAAACUGAGCGGCCAAGGGGCUGCUGCUGACGCAGCAACAGGCCGCUGCCUGUCACGUUUGGAGUUUAAGGACGCCUUCGCCUGAAGGACUGGAUGGGCAAAUGCGCGCACAAGCAAGCGGAGCAGCGCCGCAUUGGGGUUACUUAUGAGCUGUCUGCUUGUGGGCGACAUGCACAAUCUUGACUAUCCUGCCGCUGCUCUCCGCGCGCGGACGUUCAUGACCCAAGCCGCCCUUGCCAAGAAGGCGCCUUAGGCCCGCCGUAGCUACUAAAUGACAGCCGGUCACCAAGCAAACCUUCGAUGCCUGCAUUUAUUUGAUAAGCACCAACAGGAAUAAGGUAAGCUUGCUUAGCACGUGCGUGGCGCAUGCAUACAUUGAUUACACUGUAUAUACACAUGUGCAUGUUUGGCGUUGACGUCGAAUUAUCAUUGACGCAUCAGCGUUGACGGGGCGCUGAUUACUUGUCAGGGCGUUGCAUGGUUAGCAUAGCCGCAGCCAGCAGCAUGCAUACUAAAAACGGUAAUAAUAAUUAUUAUUACAGCGGGAGGAAUCAGGUGGAUGGCGGUUGGCGGCGUAGUAAAGGGCAGGGGCGCGGUAGGCGCGGGCCUGCUGGGCGGCAGCAGGCGUGCGCGCGGCGGCUAGCUACAGAUGUUAGACAGGCAAAGGCAGGUCAGGGCCAAAGCGGAAGCAAUUGCCGAGGCAAGGAUGUAGGAAAUAAACGCGCAGGCCCACCUAUCGGCUGCUGCAUGCAGGCGGGCUAGAUUGACAGCUGUACUGCAGUACUGCAGUAAAUCCCGCAUGCAGCUGUGUCAUCAGCGAGCACGCAAUAAAUUGAUCAUGACAGCUCCGACGACA